AUGACUGAUGCACCAGAAACCACAGGUCCUGAAACAUCAGGUGAACCAACGACUGAUGCACCAGAAACCACGGGUCCUGAAACAUCAGGUGAACCAACGACCGAUGCACCAGACACUGCGCCAGAAACCACAGGUCCUGAAACAUCAGGUGAACCAACGACUGAUGCACGAGAAACUGCGCCAGAAACCACAGGUCCUGAAACAACAGGUGAACCAACGACCGAUGCACCAGAAACCACAGGUCCUGAAACAUCAGGUGAACCAAUGACUGAUGCACCAGAAACCACUGGUCCUGAAACAUCAGCUGAACCAACAACCGAUGCACCAGGAACUGUGCCAGAAACUACAGGUCCUGAAACAUCUGGUGAACCAACGACCGAUGCACCAGAAACCACAGGUCCUCAAACAUCAGGUGAACCAACGACCGAUGCACCAGAAACUGCGCCAGAAACCACAGGUCUUGAAACAUCAGGUGAACCAACAAACGAUGCACCAGGAACUGUGCCAGAAACCACAGGUCCUGAAACAUCUGGUGAACCAACGACCGAUGCACCAGAAACCACAGGUCCUGAAACAUCAGCUGAACCAACAACCGAUGCACCAGGAACUGUGCCAGAAACCACAGGUCCUAAAACAUCUGGUGAACCAACGACCGAUGCACCAGAAACCACAGGUCCUGAAACAUCAGGUGAACCAACGACCGAUGCACCAGAAACUGCGCCAGAAACCACAGGUCCUGAAACAUCAGGUGAACCAAUGACCGAUGCACCAGAAACCAAAGGUCCUGAAACAUCAGGUGAACCAAUGACCGACGCACCAGAAACUGCGCCAGAAAUCACAGGUCCUGAAACAUCAGGUGAAUCAACGACCGAUGCACCAGAAACUGUGCCAGAAACCACAGGUCCUGAAACAUCAGGUGAACCAAUGUCCGAUGCACCAGAAACUGUGCCAGAAACCACAGGUCCUGAAACAUCAGGUGAACCAACGACCGAUACACCAGAAACCACAGGUCCUGAAACAUCAGGUAAACCAACGACUGAUGAACCUGAAACCAUAGGUCCUGAAACAUCAGGUGAACCAACAACCGAUGCACAGGAAACCAUAGGUCCUAAAACAUCAGAUGAACCAACAACUGAUGUACCAAAAACUGCGCCAGAAACCACAGGUCCUGAAACAUCAGGUGAACCAACGACCGAUGCACCAGAAACCACAGGUCCUGGAACAUCAGCUGCACCAACGACCAAUGCACCAGAAACUGGGCCAGAAACCACAGGUCCUGAAAUAUCAGCUGAAUCAACGACCAAUGCACCAGAAACUGCGCCAGUAACCACAGGUCCUGAAAUAUCAGGUGAACCAAUGACCAAUGCACCAGAAACCACAGGUCCUCAAACAUCAGGUGAACCAACGACCGAUGCACCAGAAACCACAGGUCCUGAAACAUCAGGUGAACCAAUGGCCGAUGCACCAGAAACCACAGGUCCUGAAACAUCAGGUGAACCAACGACCGAUGCAUCAGAAACCACAGGUCCUGAAACAUCAGGUGAAUCAACAACCGAUGCACCAGAAACUGUGCCAGAAAGCACAGGUCCUGAAACAUCAGAAACCACAGGUCCUGAAACAUUAGGUGAACCAACGACCAAUGCACCAGAAACCACAGGUCCUGAAACAUCAGGUGAGCCAGUGACCGAUGCACCAGAACCCACAGGUCCUAAAACGUCAGCUGAACCAACGACUGACGCACAAGAAACCACAGGUCCUGAAACAUCAGGUGACCAUACGACUAAUGCACCAGAAACCACCGGUCCUGAAACAUCAGGUGACCAUAUGACUAAUGCACCAGAAACCACGGGUCCUGAAACAUCAGGUGAAACACCGACUGAUGGACCAGGAAACACAGGUCCUGAAACAUCAGGUGAACUAACGACUGAUGCAUCAGAAACCACAGGUCAUGAAUCAUCUAGUGAACAAACGACUGAUGCACCAGAAACCACAGAUCCUGAAACAUCAAGUGAACCAAUGACUGAUGCACCAGAAACCACAGGUCCUGAAUCAUCUAGUGAACCAACAACUGAUGCACCAGAAACCACAGAUCCUGAACAUCAAGUGAACCAACGACUGAUGCACCAGAAACCACAGGUCCUGAAACCUCUAAUGAAGCAACAACUGAUGCACCAGAAACCACAGGUCCUGAAACAUCAGGUGAACCAACGACUGAUAAACCACGGUCCUGAAACAUCAGGUGAAGCACCGACUGAUGGACCAGGAGACACAGGUCCUGAAACAUCAGGUGAACUAACGACUGAUGCACCAGAAACCACAGGUCCUGAAUCAUCUAGUGAACCAACGACUGAUGCACCAGAAACCACAGGUCCUGAAACAUCAGGUGAACCAACAACUGAUGCACCAGAAACCACAGAUCCUGAAACAUCUAAUGAAGCAACAACUGAUGCACCAGAAACCACAGGUCCUGAAACAUCAGGUGUACCAACGACUGAUGCACAGGACACUACAGGACUUCAAGCAUCAGCUGAACCAAUGACUGUUGCCCCCGACACCACAGGUCCUCUAACAUCAACAGAGCCAACAGCUGAUGAACCAGAAACCAACGGUCCAGAAACCGCAGGUGAUGGAUGA